AUGGGUAUCAAGCCCGCUGGCGUGCCGGGCAAGACCUGGCCGGCCAUUGCAAUUGGCUUCUUCGUCGCAUUCGGAGGUCUGCUGUUCGGAUAUGAUACCGGCACCAUCAAUGGCAUCCUUGAGAUGUCCUAUUGGCAACGCCUCUUUAGCACCGGCUACAUAAACACGGCUGGAAACCCCGACGUCUCCCCCUCCCAGCAGUCCGCCAUCGUCUCUAUCCUCUCUGCCGGCACCUUCUUCGGCGCCCUGGCGUCCCCUCUCCUGGCCGACUCCAUCGGACGUCGUUGGGGCCUUGCUGCUUCUUGCUGGGUCUUCAACCUCGGUGUUGUUCUCCAGACCAUUGCGACUGAUAUCCCCAUCUUCCUGGCCGGCCGCUUUUUCGCCGGCUUCGGCGUCGGCUUGAUCUCUGCAUUGGUCCCUCUCUACCAAUCCGAGACUGCCCCCAAAUGGAUCCGUGGUGCCAUUGUUGGUGCCUACCAGUGGGCCAUCACCAUCGGUCUGCUUCUGGCCUCCAUUGUCAACAACGCCACUCACGACCGCCAGGACACCGGCUCCUACCGCAUUCCCAUCGCCGUCCAGUUCGCCUGGUCCAUCAUCCUCUUCACCGGCAUGCUUAUCCUGCCCGAGACCCCCCGCUUCCUCAUCAAACGCGGCCGCGUUGACGCCGCCACCAAGGCCCUGGCGAAGCUCCGUCGCCUGCCCGAGAGCGACCCGUACGUCGCCGAGGAGAUUGCCGAGAUCAAGGCCAACCACGACUUUGAGACGAGCAUCGGCCAAGCCAGCUAUCUCGACUGCUUCAGGCCCCCCGUUCUCAAGCGUCAGUUUACUGGUAUGGCUCUGCAGGCACUGCAACAGCUCACUGGAAUCAACUUCAUCUUCUAUUAUGGAACCCAGUACUUCAAGAACUCGGGCUUCUCCAACGCCUUCGUCAUCGGCAUGAUCACGUCCUCCAUCAACGUCGUCUCGACCAUCCCGGGCAUGUACGCCGUCGACCGCUGGGGUCGCCGCCCUCUGCUCCUGUGGGGUGCCAUUGGCAUGUGCGUCUCGCAGUUCCUUGUAGCCAUGCUGGGAACCUUGACCACCGGGCAGGAUUCCGCCGGUAACGUCAUUGUCCACAACCUGCCUGCCCAGAAGGCCGCCAUCGCUUUUGUCUGCAUCUACAUCUUCUUCUUCGCGUCCACCUGGGGCCCCCUCGCGUGGGUUGUCAACGGUGAGAUCUUUGGGCUCAAGACGCGUGCCAAGUCGCUGUCUCUGUCGACCGCCACCAACUGGCUUCUCAACUGGGCCAUCGCCUACGCCACCCCCUACCUGGUCAACUACGGCGACGGCUACGCCAACCUGCAAUCCAAGAUCUUCUUCAUCUGGUUCGCGUGCUGCUUCCUCUGCAUCGCCUUUGUGUACUUCUUCAUCUACGAGACCAAGGGCCUGACCCUCGAGGAGGUCGAGGAGCUGUACGCCGAGGUCAGCAUCGCCAGCAAGUCGGUCAACUGGAGGCCUGCCACGACCUUCCGCGAGCGCCAGGCCGCCGAGGUCGACAAGGUCGUGCCGCACAGCGAUGGCGACACCACUCACCACGAGAAGACCGUCACUGCCUAG